AUGAACGUCGACGUGGUGCGCCAGAAGCUGGUGGACGGUGACCCGGAUGCCGUGCUUAAGGAGCUCGUGGACCUGUACCGGCGAGCUGAGAUCCUGCACACGCCGCAGCUGGGACGCAUCCUCGAGGCGCUUUUCCCUGUCUGGAAGGGACUACUGCAGACCAAGCUGCCGCCGCAGUUGCGUGCCACAACACAGAACCGCUGCCGCAAGGUGUUAUUACAGAUAUUGAACCGAUUGCCGAGCAAUGAGGCUCUACGGCCGUACGUGGCACAGCUACUGCAGCUGCUCAUGGAUGUUUUGCAGAAGGACAACGAGGAUAAUGCACUCAUCGCGCUCAAGACGCUGUUCGAUCUGCACCGCAACUACCGCCCAGGCUUGCGCAACGAGGUACAACCGUUCCUGGAACUCGUUCAGCUAAUGUACAAGAACUUGGAGCCGACUAUGAAGAAGCAGUUCAGUGGCCCGCCAGAGACGCACAAGUCUAACAGUACCGUGUCGGCGGCGACAACACCUACUGCUACAAAAACUUCAGUGUCUUCAGCUGCAGCUAAUACGGAAGAAGUGAAGGAAGCUGCAACAAGUGGGACAGAAGCCGCGAGUGCCGCUACGACGGAAUCGACUCAAUCUGAGGCACAGGCACCUCAAACAACGGAGAGUACAAGUGCUGAUGAGACUAGCACAAAAACAGCAGCAACAGCAACAGCAACAACAACAGCGACCACGGCAGAUCCAACGAAAACAACGCCAGAAGCGCCUGCUACCAGCGUUGCUACUGCUUCUGGUAGCGACGCCAUGACGGAUGAGCCCAUCUGCAGCAACUUGGAAUCAUUCAAGACUAUUUCUGAACUGCCGCUGAUCAUUAUGCUGCUCUUCCAGUGCUAUCCAAGCUACAUUGAAAGCUAUAUCCCAGUGCUAGUGCCGUUGAUGAUGGCAGCUCUGGCAUUACGCGCGCCCGACACAGCCGCUACUACCCAUCCCUCUCGAUAUUUGGACUUUUUGGAUUGCCAAGUGAAGACGCUGUCUUUUGUGACGUACUUGCUGCGUGGAUGUGCUAACCUGAUGCGUCCGUUCCAAGAUGCUAUCUGCGAAAACACUGUGAAGCUUCUUGUCGCCUGCCCAAAAGAUGCCUUCGUGUUGCGGAAAGACAUUUUUGUGGCUGCGAGACAUAUCAUCUCGACGGAUUUUCGGCGGGGAUUUUAUCCACAACUUGAGCUGCUCAUGAAUGACGACGUACUUAUCGGCAAAGGACGUUGCAGCUUCUAUCAGAUUCGACCACUGGCAUACUCCACGCUAGCAGAUAUGAUUCAUCACGUUCGAGACAUGCUGACGCUGCCGCAGGUAAGCACCAUUGUGGACUUUUACGGCAAGCGUAUCCACGACCCGACGCUGCCAAUCUCGAUACAGACUACUAGUAUUCGGCUUCUACUCAACCUCGUCGAUAUCAGUGCCAAGAAUGAGGACACUGACGCAUGGAAAGGACGCAAUAUUCUGUCUCGCAUUUUGCUAAUUAUUUCCGGGAAGUUCGGCACGACACUUGCCAACCUGCCUGUGGCCCUCGCUACGACACUACGCAACAAGUCCAGCGGAGACCGAGGCGAUCUAUUGGAAGGAGGUGCAAUGGAUAAAAUCAAGCAGUCUAGUCUGCUACCAAAAGAAGUUGUGCAAAAGACGCCGUACGAGAAGAAGCUGGAGAGUCUACUGCUGCCGUACAUGCGAGUUCAGCGACCUGCGGAUUCUAUCUCGGAGGAAGAACCAACUAUUCGUGACAUUAAGUCACUGCUUCGGACGAUGAUCCUGGGUAUUCGUGCUGUAAUUUGGUGUACAGCUAAUUAUCGAAAUCCUCUAGCAAAGGACCUGUCCACCGUUGACGCCACAAUAGCAGACGGGAGUGGUAUAGCCUCUUUAUCGACUUCACAAGGGAUUCGAUCGGGGCUGAAUGUACAUUCUAUGGACGUUGGAAGUGUUUCUGGUCGCUCGGCUGGAAGUGGAAGUGAACAUGUGUAUCCUCUGACUGAUGACGAACGUCUGCUUAUCGCGAAGGUGCUUCGAAACGGACUGCGCUGUUUUAUUUUGUACACGUUAUCGGAGAACACGUUGUCUGAGGAGAAACAAAUGCUGGAUCACUUCGCUGGUGCGUUCACCGUUUUAGAAGCAGCAGAUUUCAGAGAUCUGUUCAUCGCAAACAUCGAGCUGCUCUAUGAGUGUAUACUGCAAGAUCAUGCUAUCCUGACGAUUCCUCAGCAUUUCUUGGCUAACUCAAACGUGAGCUGUUGGUUUGCUGAGAUUCUACUAAAGUUUCUGAUCACGCAGAUGAAGGAUCUAAGUGUUGAGGCCGCAGGAGACGUGCCUGAUACGAAACGUGUGGAUAAGGUGAUGGCGAUCGAGAACUUGCGGUUUGAAAAGAUGCGGCCUGUGCCGCAAGUAGACCGUGCUUCUAUCGUACUUCGGUUGUUCAAGAUUGUCUUUGGUUCGGUCACAUUGUUCAAGUCGAACGAGUCAGCGCUGUUUCCACAUUUGCGUACGAUUAUCGAGUCGUGUUUGAAGCAAGCAACGUUUACGAAGCACUCCGACAAUUACUUGUUACUGCUGCGCGCGCUGUUCCGGUCGAUCUCGGGCGGAAAGUAUGAAAACUUUUACAAGGAGGUCUUCCCGCUGCUGCCGGGUGUGCUAUCGGCUUUGAUGCGACUACAGAAACAUAUCGGCAAACCGGCGAUGCAAGAAGUUCUUCUGGAGCUGUGCCUGACGAUUCCUGCGCGCCUGAGCUCGCUGCUGCAGUACCUUCCGUCUCUUAUGAAGUCAGUGGUGCGAGCAAUAUUGUCGCGUGGUGAACUGGCGUACUUAGGCCUGCGAACACUCGAGUUUUGGGUGGACAAUCUGAAUCCAGACUUUUUGUAUCCGAUCAUGACUUCCCAGGACCGGCUGUUGACGGAAAUAAUCGAGGCGCUGAAUACGCAUCUCAUCCCGCCGCCGUAUCCGUACGGCGAAUUGGCUAUGCGGAUUUUGGGUAAAAUCGGUGGGCGAAAUCGUCAGUAUCUCAUGGAUCCGCUAAACCUCGACUACCAUGAGCACUCGUUCACGGGGCUAACGUUCACGUUUCAGUGGGGUGGGGAUGGUGACAGUAUGGAUGUUGACAUGGAAGGUGAUGGUGUCGCACUCGCUUCGGGCGGCAGAUUUCCGAUGAAGAUGGAUGUGUUAGUCGCGCAGGCCACCAAAGUACUUCGAACGUAUCUGCGACAUACAUCUGCAGAGCGCAACAACGGCAGUAAAGCUUACUCGCGGCUUGCAGAUGUCGAUGAGUUUGAGGAAGGCGAAAACCUGGCGAGACCGUCGUUCUUGCUGGAAAAAGACGACAAGACGCUUCAGUUGGAGACAGAUACGAUGGCGAAAAUCCGUGGAUCAAUUUUGCAGCACAAGCGCUGUGCAUUUAUGUUUGUUUCUCGCACGGCUGUAGUAUCUCUCAAUGUUAACUACGCUGAUCAUGAGGCGGUUGAAGCAGACGCUGGAGACGCAGGUGCUCACCAUGUAGAGCCCAUGCGGAAGGUGAUGUCGCUAGAGGCUUUGCGAGCUACACGCUCGCAGUUACUGGAGGUCUUGUUCGAGACAGUAGUGGAUGUUGACGUGGGUACGGAGGCGAGAAAAGUGCUAAUGGCUAUGGCGGGACACUUGACAGUGCUAGCCUUGGCCAAUUGUUCACGCGAUUCACCUGACUUCGCUGUGCUAUCAUCGCUGCAUGCGUCAACACUGUAUGCAGCGACAAGAGGUUUAUCACCUGGACGGCAUUUGGCGACAACGAAACGGAUCGAAACACUGCGCCAAGCAGCGUACGGUACCUCGAAAAUGAUGGGAGCAGAUGUGACGAACGACUUCUAUUCGUUUGUGCAAGCUGUCUUGGAUGCGCUGAGCUCGCCUGACCAACACGUCGUGGAUGCAGCGAAAGAGGUUGCCACAUUUAUCGUCAAGACAACCAUUGCUCGGUUCGACUCACUGCAGUUGGCCGUGGAGCGCGGAGGUGCAUUGUUUAACUGCAUGUGUGAAGUCUUUUCGCAUGGAUGCUACGAUAAAGGAAGCUGGCGCCAGAAACUUGGUGGUGCGAUUGGACUCCAGCUUCUUGUGAAUUUGUUGGAACCUCAGUGGUGUCAUGAAAAUGAGCUUACUAUUGUCAAGGCAUUAUUCUUCGUACUAUCAGAUCACCCCCCAGAAGUGAGUGCGACUGUUAGUUCUGAAACUGGUGAGACACUGGUGGAUGUGGUGAGGACUGCUUGGAAGGUUCGUUCGGGAUACGCGGAGCAGCUUGGUGACGAUGAUUCCAAGAAAAAAGACUUCAUGUCAUGCGUUGCCUUCCAGGAUACAGAGGUGUUCCAGAUGCUUGUGGUGGAGUUCCUGAGUCCAAAGGCGCCAACGCGACAGUAUGCCAAGCAGUGCAUUAAUACGAUUGCGUCACUCCAGGAAACUACGGCUUCAGCGUUGCUGUACCCGUACAACCAGCUGAUCAGCAAACAGGUCACUGGGUGCAAUCUCCGGAUGCUGCCCAGCAACACUAGGACAGGUUAUGUUGAUUCCAUGGCGUACGCGUUGUCACUGAAGCCACCAAUCUUCUCGUUGACGAAAGAAAUUAUGGUAUUCCUGCAAGAGGUAUGGAAGCUGAUUUCGGAGGACUCCCAACGCGACGGAGUAACGAUGAUAGGGGCUGAGAGUCCUAGUAAUGCUGGAGGUGCGACGACAGGGAUCCCAAGCUCAGGUGUAUCGGCUCAGGAGUACCCGUUUGGGCUUUCACAAGCUUGUGAACUGCGUAUUGCGGCUGCGAAGCUCCUUCGGUCAGCAUUUCUUGCAGCACCCAACGACCUGAAUCAGCACCCUGAGUACCGUAAUCGCUUCGUGGGUGUGUUUUUCCGAUACCUGACCGGUCAGCCCCCAGAACUGGUGCAGGUAGCUCAGGAUGCGCUAACGGACGUCAUUCAGCUGAACAAGCAGAACAAGGAUGUGUUUCUUCCCAAGGAGCUUCUGCAGCAGUGCUUGCGGCCGGUGCUUCUUAAUUUGGCAGACUAUCGGAAGCUGAACUUGCCGCUACUAGAAGGAUUGUCACGUUUGCUGACACUGCUCAGCAGUUGUUUCAACGUUACGCUUGGGGAGAAGCUGUUGGAGCACCUGAAGCAGUGGCGUGAUCCAGAGCGUAUCAUUAAAGCUGGAAUUUGGAAGCGAGGUGAGGAGCCUGCCGUUGCAGCAGCGAUAGUGGAUCUGUUUCACCUGCUACCUCCGAACGAUGCGUUCUUGGAGCCACUCAUUAAUUGCGUGGUGGACCUGGAGGCUGUAUUACCGAAGUAUGGAAGCUACGGCAAGAUGAGCUCACCGUAUCGAAUUCCUCUGACGCGUUUCUUGAAUCGUUACGCGUCCAUGACCGUAUCAUUCUUUCUGAAGCGCGAGCAUUUGAUUGAAGUAAAGUACUCGUCGCUCUUCCAGCAGCUCGUCAAGCUACCGGAAGCAGCCCCUCUUCACGCAGUCCUUAUCGGCAACGGUGGAGCACAGUCGCUGGUAGACGCGACGUUUAAUGCAGCGCUAAAGAUUAAUGCCUCUGGUGUCGGGGAAGUGAAGGGCGGCGUUGAUGUGUCAAGUGACGCCAAGAUGCAGGCUCAGAUUCAACUGAAUGCGCAGAAAGCGGCAGCGCAGGCAGUUGCGACCGCCCAAGCCCAAGGGAUGACAGCAUCUGCGGCGGAGGCUCGCGGUGUGCAAGCUCGUGCGGCGUAUGUAGUGAAGGCGCAGGCCCAAGUGAACGCGCAGCAGGCAUUGAAGGUGCAGUCUCAAGUUCAGAUUCAGGCUAACGCGCAAAAGCUGCACGCGCAGACUCUAGCAGCAGCGCAGGCACAAGGAUUGUCGCUGGUUCAAGCCCAAGCUAAAGCUCAGUUCGCCAGCAAAGACUACAUCGCCAAAGCCCAGAGUCAUAUUUCGUCAGCAGCUAUGCAAGCUCCGUUGCCUAAUCCUGCGAUGAGCUCGCUGGUCACGCAGCAGCAAGCCCAGCAGCUGCAAGCUCAAAUUCAAGUGAAUGCUCAGAAAGUGCAUGCUCAAGCACUUGCGACGGCGCAAGCACAGGGAUUGAAGCCGAUACAAGCGCAGGAAAAGGCGAAGCAAGCGCAAGCGACGUACGUGCACCGUGCGAAUGCUCAAGCUCAGGCAAAGAUCGCUCGUGCGCAGAGCCAAGGCCUGACGCCAUCGCUGGGUUUGGGAAGCAACACAGCUGCUACUAGCGGUGGGCCCUUCGCGUCUAAGGCUCAACAAGAAGCGCUGGAGCUGCAUUACCAGGGAUUGCGACUUGUUCGAUCAAUAAGCAAGCUGCAUCCGACGUGGUUGGCGUCGCAGACUGUGAUAGUCGAUGCUUUGCGGAAGCUGUGGCGGUCGUCAGCUCGUGUUCAGCGACUUGUUGCUCAAGAUCGCCUGCCGAUCAAAUUUCAUCUCGAAUCGAAACUGCUGAUCAAGUGCAUGAUCACAUACAGCCGUGCGAAACCAGAAGACGCGCAAGUGCUGUUGGACAUGGUGUCUGUGUUCUUGCACCGAACACCCUUCGACUUCAGCUUCCUGCAAACAUUCUAUCGCGAGGAGGUUGCAACCAAGUACAGCGCUGCAAACAAAUGCAACCUCAUCCGGUUGUUCCUACGAAUGCUUCGCGAACCUGGUGCGUCCGAGGAGCUCAAGGUGCAUGCUGUUCAGCUGUUGAUCAUGCCCGUGCUGACUACAUCGUUCGAAGACACGGGCGUGGACAAUAUCGACGUCAUGGACCUCGACACAGUCAUGUGGAUGCUGCGAGAGAUUUUGGCGAGCAAAGAGUAUUCACCGGACGCGAUGCAGAGUCUCCGAAUUGAAUUGCUUAAGCUUGGUACGUUGCUCAUUCAGCACAUGAGCAAAUACGUUACGGACCACCGAAAGGAAGUCAUCAAGUUUGCAUGGAACCAUUUGAAGGCACACGAUCUGACGUCGAAGCUGUGGGCGUAUGUGAAUGUGUGUCGCUUCAUCUCAGUGUAUGAUACUCCGCCCAAAAUUGUGCUGCAAGUGUAUGUCGCACUAUUGCGCACACAUGAGAUGGAUGCGCGUUUCCUCGUACGCAAGGCAUUCGACAUCCUUCUGCCCGCUUUGCCAAGUCGCUUACCGUCCAAUGAGUUUAUCAAGGCGAUCAAGUGGACGAAGAAGAUUGCUUACGAAGAAGGCCACGUACUUGGACAGCUUGUGCACAUUUGGUUCUUGAUUGUUCGACACCCAGCCCUGUUUUAUCCGUUCCGCGGCCAGUUCGUUCCUUUGAUGGUGAACUCGCUGAACCGCUUGGCGAUUCCUCCUAGCAGUACGCCAGACAACCGGAGACUUGCUGUGAAUAUCGUGGAUUUGGUCAUUUCGUGGGAGCAGACGCGUCAGGACCGACUGGCGAUACGGACAGCUUCUUCGACGCCCAAGACGACUACGCCAAGUGGAGAGUUAAAGCGAAGUCCGUCCGCCAUGAGCGCAGCUUCAGAGAAAUCCCCAGAUGACCACGCUGCAAAGAAGAGGAAAGUAAUGACAACUGAAGGAGCUGAUACAGCGGAGGCAAAGGUGGUAGAUACCCAGUCGAGUACUAAAACGGAUGGGUCUACGUCGCUGCAGAUUCAAGUGCCAGCACAGACCAGGUCUGGCCAACAGCAAGGACAAACGGCGGCGUCUCCUUCUUCGGAGGCCAAUAGAGCUGCAAACAAUGAGGACGACUUCGAGCUGAGUGGCGCGAUGGUGGAUCUGGUGAUCAACUUUGCUUUCCGUUUUGCUCUUGCGUCUGCGGAUAAGCAGGAGACGAGUCGAUUGGCAAAAACUUGCGGUGAGCUGUUCGACAAGGCACUUCGUCUGUGGCCGUCUGCAUCGAUCCGCUUUUCGCUCUUCGACAAGCUUAUCGCUGUCACCGCGGAGACAGUGAUUCGGCAACAGCAACAGCUGCAGGCAAGUAUGAGCGCUGCUGCGGCGGCUGCUGCUGGAGGAGCAGGACAACAAGUUUCAAUUCCGGCACCACCGCCACCGACAGUGAUGCCCCCGUUCUUUGUUGUUCCGAAGGGAGCGCCCUUGUCGUCGCUGGCGAUUCUGGACGCUGUUCUGGGCAUCUUGAACUCCUUAAUCACCCCGGAGGUUGUUACCAAGUCUAAGCGUCCAGUACCGUAUGUGAUUCAGUACGCACCACGUAUUAUGAAGUUGCUGGAGCCGUGCUUCGACCGCCAGAACCAUGAAAUCCAAGCGAGCUUGAUUAAGUUUCUACGGCGGAUGGCGGAGCUGUAUCCUCCGUCUCGUGCUCCCCAACCUUUGGUUGUGUGCAAGUUCUAUCCGUGGCUUCGCGAGAUUGUCAACGAGCGACUUGUGAAUGCGGCAAUCUUCCAGCAAGAUGUAGGCGCAGGUGGUGUGGCCUUGUCUGGGGGAUCAGGUGCUUUAGCAUCAAAGGCCAAGGGGAAAACCGCAACACAGGCUGCUGCUGGAAUAAAAUCUGAGAAGCAGGGAGGAGCAGGAAGCAAUUCUGCGGCGGGUCAUGCUGCAGACAAACAUCAGAAGGACCCGAGUGGCAUCAAUCCGUUGAUCAACCAUGAGGCAGCACGUAUGCGCUUGCUGUUUUCGCAACAUCCGCGGGUGGUCGUGUCGCCUUCAAGUUUUCCUGGUGAAUUUACUCUCAAGUUGCUGAGCGGUCUGGCCGAAAUCACUCCUGAGUUCGUGGAUCACUUUGCCCCAGCACUGCUAAAGCUGGCGCAGAGAUUCACGCGUGAACAUCUGAUUCAAUCGGCGGCUAGCUCGGGUGGAAGUUCUCACGGUGUAAAGCAUGGAGGAACCAACGGUACUGCUAUGGGUGUGGAAAGUGGACAAGCAGUUGUGGACUCGUUUGGACGCAAUCGCGUGAUGGCCACGCCGUCGUUGGCAAUCGUAAACGAAUGGAAUCAAAUGCAGGCGGGACGAUCAAACCUAGCAGUGAAUAAUGUCGUGCGGCAUGUCGUGAAGAAACGCGAGGUUCCAGUAGAGAAGGUUUUGUCGAAGAAGAAGGCCAGUGUCAACGAUUCGCUAGGAAAUGAUGCGGCAAAUUCUAAGCCUGGGAACGCGAUGAAGAAGAAGUUGGGAACUGCUGUAAACCAAGUCGCAGUGCGAGGUGGGUUUGCUGGCGGCAGUGGCAAAAGGCCGAUUGAACUACUUGUCUUGUGCUAUGCGCUGUUGGCCAAGUGCACGUUUACAGCUGCUGAGCACCGUCGUCUGUACACGAACUUGCUGGUGCACUGCCUGGAAGGAUCAUACAACAUCCCGCUUCUGCUGCAAAUCACGAGGAUUGUGGCGAAGAUGAUUGCUUCUACAGACCCACGUCACCAGGUUUUGUCAACAAAAGACAAGAUGACUUUGCUGAGCAAGAUGGCGACGUUCGACCGACUGAAUGAGAUCUCUGCUCUUUCUCUAAAUGAGGAGUACUACCAGCUAGUUCUCAAGCUUUGCGAACCACCGUCUGGAGACACUAAACAGCAAGCGCCUCAGCUGCAUCUGAGUCCUACGCCUCAGAGUCAUAGCCUCACGACGCAUUUCAUGGCAGGCUUACUUGCUCCAUAUCCAGCGACACGGGAGAAGUUCCUGCAAAUCUUCUUCGCGGUUACUGGUUCUGGGCCCGCCGCACGACUCCAGCUUGUGUUGCGUCAAGAUUGGCAAGCUUGUGGAACUAGAUACUGGCCUGUGAUUGCGAUUGAGACGGUAAUGGCGGCAAUCGCCCCGAGCGCGUCUCCUACUGUUACCACGAUGCUGUCUUCAGAGAAUGCAACUCGAGGAAACGCUCCAGACGACGGCGACUUCCUGGGGGCCUAUGGCCAGGUGAAGACAUCAGAGCUCACGUUGGCUUUGCGUGACUUAGCCCAUAUCGAUUUGGAGCUAGCCAAGGAGCUGUGGGUGAAUUUGUUCAGCGCAGCGUGGAGAUUACUGAAGCAGGCGGAUCAAACGCAAGUGUCUAGUCAACUGUUGAAGAUUUUGGCCUCUAAGUACAACAAGCGCGAUCUGAAUGUGCCACUCGGUGCGUCUACGCCCCGUCGCACAAAUGUGGUCCAAACUCUGAUGAAGGGCAUUGUGAGUACUAGCCCAACUGCUCCAGUAAUGACACCGGAGCUUGUGCUGCACAUUGCAUCGGCCUACGACGUGUGGAGCUGUGCUACGAGAUUGUGUGAGUUCCAGGUCGAGAAAUCUGACUUGAGUGUUGAGAGCAGACUGCGGUGGAUUGAGGCCCUCAGUGCUAUCUACAAGCAGCUGAGUGAGGAUGAUCUUCGUAUUGGAUUGAGUCUUGAAAACAUUGCACAGCCCGAGACGCGCACAGCGCUGACUCUGGAAGCGCUUGGCUGUGUGCACGAAGCACAGGAGGAGUAUUUCCGCGCAUUAUCCAAAGCUCAAAGUGCUCGUGUAAGCGUCGAGGAUGUGAACCUGUUCGAGCUGAGAUUGUGGGAGGAGCGCUGGGUGGGGUGUGCCAAGCAGUUGUGCCAAUGGCAGCUCAUGAAUGACUUUGCCAAGUCGACACAGAAUCAAGAACUGCUAUUGGACUGUGCGUGGAAACGCGGAGACUGGGCUUCAGCAAAGCAAUUGCUAUUGGCGCCAUCGAUGCAGUCGUCGGCAGAGCUCGGAUGUCCUCAGACCCGUCUACAGCGGCUGUAUAUUUCGAUCCUUGAUGCAGAUAAGCGCGGUGCAAUCGACACGCUGGCUUCGCAAACUGCCGAGUUGGCGUUGCAUCAAUGGCAAGGACUGCCGCGUAUCCUGUCUCGUGCGCACUUGCCGCUAAUGCAUUUGUUCCACAAGUUUGUGGAGGUGAAAGAGUCGAUCCAGAUGAUGGAAGAUAUAAAGUCUGCAAGCGCACAGCACGCAUCGCUGCCGAACCUCAAGCCGUCCAUUAAUACGUGGCGGGAGCGCUUGCCGAACAAGUGGGAGCCUAUUCUUCUGUGGGAUGAUAUCCUCACGUGGAGGUCGCACAUGUUCCAAGUGGUCAAGACUACGUUUGCGUGGAGUGACGCUCAGGUACUUGCUUGCAUGCAUGACAGUCCGUGGUCUGUUAUCAAGCUUGCGCACACUGCACGUAAGCAACGACUUCCCGAUGUGUGCCUCGGUGCUCUAGCAAAGCUGUACUCGGUUCCAGCCAUGGACGUACAGGACGCGUUCUCAAAGCUUCGCGAACAAGUGAGUAUCUGCUACGAGAGUGCCACGGAGUACUCUGGCGGAUUGAGUAUUCUGAACACGACCAACCUGGACUACUUCAGCUUGCGACAAAAGGCGGAGAUGUUCAGAUUGAAGGCACUUUUCUUGGAGGCACAGGGAUCUCUUGGUGAAGCCAACAAGACGUUCUCGCAUUGCUUGCAGAUUUGUGAUAGUUACGGCAAAGGAUGGCUUUCGUGGGGACAUUACUGCUACCGACUGUUUCUCGUGCGGAAAGAUCUCGCUUUGGCUUCGCAGACCAUCGCAUGCUACCUGCAGGCUAUUCACCACCGCUGUAACUCAGCACGACUCAUGAUCGCGCGUGUGUUGUGGCUGCUGAACUUGGACGACCGACGAGGAGUACUUAUUCAAGCCUUCGAGACGCACGGAAAGCAGUUGCCGAUUUGGAUUUGGAUCAUCUGGAUCCCGCAGUUGCUUAUGGCACUCGGUCGGCCAGAGGCACCCCAGAUUCGAGGUUUGUUACGUGGCCUCUCUGCAAAAUUCCCGCAGGCGCUGUAUUAUACAAUGCGAGCAUUCUUCCUGGAGAACCGUGACAACGCAAUGCUUACCAACCAGCAGUUAGCGUCGGGUGUGUCGCCUUCUGCAAGUGCGUCGUCUCCGGCUGGAUCGCGUACGUACUACAGGACCAAGUCGGGACAUGUUGUUGGCGUUCCGAUCACCAUGCCAGUCGCUCAGGUUCAAGAAGUUCCAGGCCUCGUCGGACCCCCUCGACCAUCUCCUGCUGCUUUCAACGCAUCGCCUAGUGUUGUCUUGACACUGGAAGCUUGGACUGAAAAGAUUCGAAGUAACGGCGGCGAUGGACAUUCGUUGAAGGCUGAAGUUGGUCCCGUGCAGUACACCGAAGACCUGUUGAACUUCUUGCGCAGAUCACACGACUCGCUUACGUUUGAAAUGGAGUGCAUGCUGGAAGAGAUGAUCACCCGAUUCCGACCAGAGCCUGAAGAAGAGCUUCUUACAGCUGUCCACGCGCUGUUAUUAAAGUGUUAUCAGCUACCGAGACUAACGAAGACGGAACCUGUACCGAAGAUGUUGCGUGCUGCACUGGCGAGAGUCUGUCGCAAACUCUUCGUGCUGCUGCCUCACCAGAAGAACGAGAAACAUGAGGCAUUUGUGGAGGAAUUCAAGGCGGCAUUUGAACGCGACUUUACACCUCUCGAGGAUGACGACACGCAGCAACACGACGGAGCUGCCACGACGCUCUAUAAUAUCAUGAACCGUUUGAAGAGAUGGAAGGGUCUCUUGCAGUUGCGUGUUAAAAAGGUGGGCAAACGGAACGCUGGUAAGCUGUACCUGGAACAAUGCAGCCGUCAUUUGAUGGAGCUUAGUAGCUCAAACAUGGAGGUGCCGGGCCAGUACGUGUCGGACAGUGAGCCCAUCAAGGAUCUACAUGCUCGCAUCCAACACUUCAAGAGUACGGUGGAUGUUCUACUGCGGAAUGGAUUUACUCAGCGACGUGUGGCGAUGGGCGGUAGUGACGGUCGGACCUACUACUUCUUGGUGCAGUACGCGAUGACACACAUCACCCGCACAGAUGAACGGAUGAUGCAGAUGUAUUUGCUACUGAAUCGAUUGCUACUCCGCCACAAGGAAACCAAGAAGCGCAAUACGGUCUUCCACGUGCCAAAGGUGAUUCCACUGACGCCGCGAGUACGACUGCUCGAGGACAACCGCGAUUUCAUCACGCUGGGAGAAAUCUACGAGCUGGACUGCCAGAUUGAGAACAAGGAUCCAGAUCUCCCGGUUGAACUCUAUCGCGAGCGUGUUAGCGAGGCGUACGCUGCUGUGGGGGCAGGAAACGACUCCAGCAAGCAGGAAGAGGAACGUGUUGCGCAGGCUAAAGCUCGUGCUUUCCAUGAAAUCUGCAGCGAGCAUGUACCUGAGACACUUUUGGCCAAGUACGUGCACGGCAUUUCCGAGCACAGCGAUGCGUAUUUCCAGUUCCGCAGCGAGUUUACUAAGCAUCUCGCGCUCUCGAGCUUCCUGUCGUAUGCGCUGUUUGUUGGUGACCGCGCCCCACAUCGUGUACUGUUCUCACGACGUACAGGUCGCGUGGUGAGCACUGAGUUGCGUCCGGGAUAUGCGAGUAGUGGAAUCUUGGAAGCGGCGACGACGAUGCCAUUCCGUCUUACGCGUAACCUUCACAGUUUUAUGACGCGAGCGGGUGUUCAGGGACCGUUUAGCGUGGGGAUGACGGCAGCUGCAGAAGCUCUGAUGAGCGAGGAGGACAUCCUGAGCAACCAGCUGUGUCUCUUCUUCAGAGACGACUUGCUGUCGUGGCAUGCGUCGAAAACCCGACUUCUCUCUCUUGAUCCACAAGGCACUGGGCGCACGUCAUCGUCUGGCGGAUCGUCCGGUGCAGCUUCGCCUGCGCAGCGUCGCGUGGAGUCUCAGGUUCAACAGCGUGUGGAGGCCAAUGUGAGUCUCGUGCUCGAGAGGAUCCGCGGUGUCUCGCUCAAGAAGGAGAAUGUCGAAUCUCCGAGAGGAAUGAACGUGCAAGAAUUGUUGGAGAUUGCUACGAGUCCAGAGCGCCAGCAGGAUAUGUAUCCGACGUGGUCCCCAUGGCUGUAA